UCCGUGGACAAUGGCAGCUACAAUUCAGGCCAUGGAAAGGAAGAUUGAAUCGCAGGCUGCCCGCUUGCUUUCCCUAGAAGGUCGAACCGGGAUGGCUGAAAAGAAGCUGGCUGACUGCGAGAAGACGGCUGUGGAGUUUGGCAACCAGCUGGAGGGCAAGUGGGCCGUGCUGGGGACCCUGCUGCAGGAGUACGGGCUGCUGCAGAGGCGGCUGGAGAACGUGGAGAACCUACUGCGCAACAGGAACUUCUGGAUCCUGCGGCUGCCCCCAGGCAACAAGGGGGAGGCCCCCAAGGUGCCCGUGACCUUUGAUGACGUGGCCGUGUAUUUCUCCGAGCAGGAGUGGGGCAAGCUGGAGGAUUGGCAGAAGGAGCUCUACAAGCACGUGAUGAGGGGCAACUAUGAGACGCUGGUCUCCCUAGACUAUGCCAUCUCCAAGCCCGAGGUCCUCUCCCAGAUUGAGCAAGGCAAGGAGCCAUGCAGCUGGCGUCGCACUGGCCCCAAGAUCCCAGAUGUUCCUGUGGACCCAAGUCCAGGCUCGGGGGCCCCGGUCCCUGCCCCUGACCUCUUAAUGCAGAUCAAGCAGGAGAAUGAGCUCCAGCUCCAGGAGCAACAGGCUCUGGGUGUGGAGGCAUGGGCAGCUGGGCAGCCAGAUAUUGGGGAAGAACCCUGGGGCCUCAGCCAGCUGGACUCUGGAGCAGGAGACAUCUCUACGGACACAACCUCUGGUGUCCAUUCCAGCUUCUCAACAACCAUCCCGCCCACCUCCUGGCAGGCGGAUCUCCCUCCCCACCACCCUUCUUCAGCAUGCUCAGACGGGACCCUGAAGCUCAACACCGCAGCCUCCACAGAAGAUGUAAAAAUUGUGAUAAAAACAGAAGUCCAGGAAGAGGAGGUGGUGGCCACACCCGUGCAUUCUACUGACCUAGAGGCUCACGGGACCUUGUUUGCACCAGGCCAAGCUGCAAGGUUUUUCCCUAGUCCUGGCCAGGAAGGUGCCUGGGAGAGCCAGGGCAGUUCUUUCCCCAGCCAGGACCCUGUGCUGGGGCUGCGGGAGCCUGCCCGGCCUGAGAGAGACAUGGGUGAGCUCAGUCCUGCUGUGGCCCAGGAGGAGACCCCUCCUGGGGAAUGGCUCUUUGGUGGGGUCCGGUGGGGCUGGAAUUUUCGUUGUAAACCGCCAGUCGGCCUGAACCCAAGGACUGGGCCUGAGGGGCUUCCUUACUCUUCCCCAGACAAUGGUGAGGCUGUCCUGGACCCCAGCCAGGCCACCAGGCCCUUUAACGAUCCCUGUAAAUACCCUGGCCGGACCAAAGGCUUUGGCCACAAGCCGGGGCUGAAGAAGCACCCAGCGGCGCCCCCAGGGGGCCGACCCUUCACCUGCGCCACCUGCGGGAAGAGCUUCCAGCUGCAGGUCAGCUUGAGCGCGCAUCAGCGCAGCUGCGGGCUGCCCGAUGGGGCAGCAGCAGCGGGCUCUGGGACAGGGGCAGCGACGGCGGGGACAGCAGGCAGCGCGCGGGACGGUAGCGCCCUGCGGUGCGGAGAGUGUGGCCGCUGCUUCACGCGCCCGGCGCACCUCAUCCGCCACCGUAUGCUCCACACGGGUGAGAGGCCCUUCCCCUGCACCGAGUGCGAGAAGCGCUUCACCGAACGCUCCAAGCUCAUCGACCACUAUCGAACACACACAGGCGUGCGGCCCUUCACCUGCACCGUGUGCGGCAAGAGCUUCAUCCGCAAGGACCACCUCCGCAAGCACCAGCGCAACCACACAGCGGGGGCCAAGGUGCCGGCUCGUGGCCAGCCGCUGCCCGCCCUGCCCACCGGACCUCCGGACCCCUUCAAGAGCCCUGCCCCCAAAGGACCCUUGGCCUCCACAGACCUAGUGACCGACUGGACUUGUGGUCUCAAUGCCCUGGGACCUGCCGAGGGCGGGGACCUGUGAGUGUCCCCAAAUUCACAGCCCCUGCUGGCCUCACCUGUAAAAAGCCCCGUUGGUCCAUGGACAGCUAGGUGGC